AUGGGCACCAGCAUCGUUUCAAGCCUCCUUUUCAAUCUCCCCUACAACGGCACCUGGCUGUACUGGAUCUCCAUCGUCAUAUUCUGUCUCAACGUAACGUUGUUCACUAUCUUCUGGGCGAUUUCCCGUCUUGAGAUACACCUACUUUCGAGGAUUGUUUCAAUUCAUGAUCGGCCACCUGUCCAGUCCCUGUUCACUGGCCCUUUCCCCAUGGACUUGGCCACGAUCGUCAACAUGGUGGUUUUUGUAUGUGUGCCGGCGUGGGGCCCUUGGGCAACGACUCUGGCUUGGACACUCUGGUGGAUUGAUGCUGUCCUCGCCGCCAUGGCGUGCUUCUUCCUCCCUUUCGUUGUCAUGUACAAGCACGACAGCGAGCUCUCACAGAUAACGGCGGUCUGGCUGCUACCUAUCGUCUCGACAAUAGUCGCAGCAGCGACCGGCGGUAUCGGGGCGGAAAUCCUCCCAAACCAACAACAUCAGCUCUGGACGAUCAUCGUAUCUUACGUCCUAUGGGGCACGGGUUUUUGUGCAAUCUUGAGUAUGUCUUUCAUCGUGGGGUGCUGGGGAUGA